AUGCGUUACGCAAAAAGGUACGAGGAAAAACUAAAGACCAGGCACUGGAAGUCGCUCUGGGAAAGCAACAUAUCGGACCUCGCCACACUGAAGUCGCAGGUCGAAUCACGCGGCAUCGUCGUCGUCGACGCCGAGCCGUGGAACGCGGGCGGCCCAUUUGAGUGUCGCGAGUUUGGCAUCGCCUACAUACCUCCCAUACAAUCCACCCACAACGACGACACGGGCCUGCCUCGGACGUUGAAAGCAUAUCAGAAACACUAUGGAAUUCAGAGUUGCUGCGUUCACAUUCGCAGCAGGGAACGGUCAAAAUGCGGCCAGGCUUUUGAGUUUGGCGAGGUUGAUCUGGUGGAUGCAGACUUUGCCGAGGAGAAAUUACUAUGGAUUAUGGAAUCCUUCAACGCCAGUCCGGAACCCGUCCUCGUCGGCUUUGAUUUAAGCUUCGAGCUUCGGGUGUUGUCGAUCCAUUACCCACGUCUGCUAGAGCGGUUGUCGAGUUGGGUGGAUGUCUAA